AUGCCUAUUUCUCUCUCUCCCAAAGCUCCGUUCACCACCUCCUCCGCCCCUGUUCCCCUUCCUUCUCCGGCCACAACUCCGGCGGAGCUAACAACAUAUGCGGUAAAACCUUGGGGGGUUUGCUUAGAUCUGAUAAAACCUUGGGGCUCUCUCUCUCUCAUCGUUUCACCGUCAAAAUUUUGGGGGGUUUUGCUCAGAUCUGAUAAAACCUUGGUCGCCGUCGCCGCCGUCUCAUCCGCCACCGUCACCGUCUCCUCCGCCACCGUUCAGCACCAUCUCUCCGGUCACUCUUUUGCGGCCUUGUUGGGUUUUUUUGGUGGUUUUUUGUUGCAUAAAGUGUCCAUGUUUUGCAUAUGGUGAUUCUGGUGGGUUUUGUGUUUUGCAUAAAGUGACCCUCAAAUGUUUGAUCGGCCGUUAGGGGGUGGUUGGUCGGCGGCGGAAGACGGUGGUGGGAGGUGGUUGGUCGGCGAUGGUGGCGGCGAAUGAUGGUGGUGCGACUGUGAUACUGACGAUUGGUGUUCUUGAAUUUUGGGUUUUUGUGAUUCUUGAUUGGGGUUCUUUGAUUGUGGUAGGAGGUGGUUGGUGUUCUUGAUUGGGGUUCUUUGAUUCCAAAAGUUUGGGUUUUUUUCUGCUUGAAGUUUGGUGGGUUUUGAUUAUUUUGGUGGGUUUGUAAAAAAAGGUGGUUGAAGUGGGUUUUGAUCUGUUGAGGGUUUUGAUUUGUGAUCUUUGAAUCUGUGGGUUUUAAUACGAUCGAUUGGGUGGCGAUGAUGAAAAAAAAGAACAAAAACGUAGAUUUUGAUGACGAUGGCGCGGCAAGGACGGCGGAAGGUAGGUUUUUUGAACGUGCAACCCCACUUUUGCAGCCUCUUGAUUAUCGGAUAACUGGAGGUGGUUUUCAUUUUAGCGGUCCCCUAUAUAUAUAUAUAUAUAUAUAUAUAUAGGGUGAGAUUCUAGAGUGAAUACUAGUAUA